UGUCAUUCAUUUCAAACGGGAGCCAACGGUUCUGUGAUUUUGUUGGAAAAGCGUAUCUAUAGACAAUACAUGUCUCUCAACUCUCUCCAUACAAAAUCGCUCUAUCGUCUGUAAACACUGGCUAGAUACACGAAAGAAUUUGUAUACUAUACUAGUGUGUUCAAGGCCUUAGGGUCCUCCAAUGAAGUUAGCGUCCUCUGGUUGGAAAUUGCAUCGAGACUGAAUUUAACAAAGCAGAAUUUGAAAAGCUAUUAUAUAGAAUCCAGGCGCCAUUUUUUGCUGCGAUAAUUAAUUUUAUUUAAACAUAUUGCUGCUUUUUUAAAAUGAUAAAUACGCAGAGAUAAUAAAGGCGCCCUUAGGUGGCGCACAAAUGUACAUCUGUGCUCCGAGAUGAAGCAUGUUUGAAAGUAUGAAAAUGGCGAGAUGUUAUGUUUAUAAUGAACCUUGUAUGUUUAAUAUUUGAGUUUUGUGUAAACGCCUGUUAAUUGGUAUUGUGAAACCUGGAAUAUACCUGUUUCAUUUUGGGCAUGUUCUUCUUAAACUGUGAGAACCUGACCAAGUUCAAGACGGCGUCAUAAUGUUCGAUGCUUUUAGAAGGGCAUUUCUCUAUUUCUUUGAUAGAGGAGAGGAGCUAGUAAACAGAGCGACGAAAAGACCAGUACGGGGAAGGCAACAACGCGGAGAUAUUUUGAUCUCAUUUACCUAUUUUUGUUCACAUAUAUGAUGUCUCGGAAGGUUUCAUUAACAGAAGCGUUGAAGUUUUGGAAAACACCUCUUAGGCAGUUAGAAUGUGAUACUGAUGAAGAUGUGAUUUCACCAAAAUUUCGGAAGAUUGGUAGCCCAAGAUUUCAUCACACUCCUCUCACUUCACUAGAUUUCCUGGUUCCGGCUGAAGUAAGAAUGAAGAGAGCUAGCAGGACUCUGCAGAAUGAACUGUCCCUUAUACGGGGUAGAGGUGCUGAAAUGUCAGCAAGAAAAGCAAGCAAAGAAAACAUUUCCUCUCAAGAUGAUGAUGAUGAGUGCAUUGUUGUAUCAGAUGAGGAGAAUGAUUGGGUUCCAGCUUCUCCAAUCCCUAAAGCCAUUUCUAGGCUAAAAUUGAAACAAAAACCUGUACAGGGUAUAUCAUCUGAUGCCAAUAAUUCUUCAGCAGAUGUAAAGAAAGAUGAUGAUAUUGAAGUCUUGAAAACAGUGAAAUCAAAGAAUGAUUGCCCCUUGCAUUUUUCAACUCCAAGAGAGGGACUAUCUAUAAUUAAUAAAAGAUUUUUUCCAUCUGUGAGAAGAGAAGCUAGCAUCCAGUUUAGACAACAUCCUGUGAAGAUGAAGGAAUCGCGUAACAGCAAACCGAAAAAGAGAUCUGCACUUGAUGAGAGUAUACGUCUUGAUGAAAAAAUGCAGUACUCUCAACUUUUGAAACAACAAUGUUCUUCAUCCCCAUACUUCUUUGGCAGCUGUGCAGAAAGUUCACCAAGAAAAACAGCUAGUGAUAAAAUGAAAAAUGAAGGGUUAUCCAAAAGUAAAUCUGUAGUAGAUAUUAUCGAUCUUACGGAAGAUGGUACUGAAGGUGAAAAGACGAGCAAAGACAGAGACACAGACGCUAAGAAGCUAGGUAACGAAGACCUUGAAAUCAUAGAGGAGAAAACUUCUCAGUCGAAGAAGGAGAGCUAUGGAAAGGUUUUUAAUCCCUUUAAAAGUCAACUAUUCUGCACCAACUGGAUAUCUGCAGAGAGUGAGCUGUUUGACUAUGUUGCUAAAGAACGUGAAAGAAGGGCGGAGGAGGAGAGAAUUAAAGCUGAAUUAUAUCGAAAGAGAAAUAAACAGUUAUAUGCUGAUAUUCUUGAAGAACGAAUUCGUAAUCACAUGAAAAUAACUGAAGCAAUUUUAGAAGAUGAGGUCAUUGUUGAAGAAGAGGAAGAAGAAGCAGCCCUUCCUAAACUGACUCCGGAAAUUGAGAGAAGAGUAGCCUCCGCUCUAAGACCUGAACCACAGUCUGAAGUUCUGGUGGAAGCUUUCAGUCUGAAAAUAACGAGGCAUGAUAUUUGUACUCUUGCAGGUACAAAUUGGCUUAAUGAUGAGGUUAUCAAUUUUUAUAUGAACUUGCUUAUUGAAAGAGGAAAGAAGAAUAAAUAUCAACCAGUAUAUGCUUUCAACACCUUCUUUUAUCCAAGGUUGCAGUCAAGUGGCUAUUCUGCUGUGAAAAGAUGGACAAGAAAGGUGGAUGUGUUUGCCAACGACAUAAUUAUAAUUCCUGUUCAUCUUGGCGUGCAUUGGUGCAUGGCUGCAAUAAACUUCAAGAAAAAGAUGAUAUGUUAUUAUGAUAGUAUGGGUGGCAACAAUGAUGUUUGUUUGCAGUUGUUGUGGAACUACUUGGGCAGUGAAAAGAUGGAUAAAAAGCAGCAAAAGUUUGAUUAUGAUGGCUGGAAGACUGAAAAUGUGAAGAGAAUACCACAACAGAUGAAUGGCAGUGACUGUGGUGUCUUCUCGUGUACAUAUGCUGAAUUUAUAUGCCGUAAUGCAGCAUUCCGAUUUUCUCAGAAGGACAUGCCAUACUUCAGACGUAAAAUGGUGUAUGAAAUACUUUCCAAGGAGUUAAUGAUGUGAUACUAAUAGAUCUAUUGCGUGAUAUAUUGACAGUGCAUUUCACACAAGCUUCACAAAUUUUCUGACUGAUAGGGUAAUUAAAUUAAUUUAUUUGUGUUUGUGCAUAUUGUGACUCAUUUUUUGCAGGCUAAGCAGACAAGUAAACUGAAGAAUAGACAGUUUAUGAACCUGAGCCUAAUGUUUUAUUUUAUUUUUUUUCCAUUCCUCACUUUUUCUUAAUGAUAAAGAAAAUUCAUGAGCUUUGUUGUGCAUAGAUGGGAACUUUUUGUAUUAUUUCUUAAAAUCCCAUCAUGGUUAAUGGACAUUAACUGUAAUUAAUGUGUGGAACAAUAAAGAGCUUUAUUUUUCAUUGGUAUUUUCGGAUGAGCUCCACCAUUAAGUCUGUCAUGACAAUGCUUGCCGAAACUUUUUACAUGCCAGAUAUCGGACUGAAUGUGAUAUUGUAAUUGAGCCAUAUGUAUCCAGAGAAUUAUUCCUGACUUUAUGAAAUGAAUUAAUAAAAUUUCUUUAUA